UUGACAGGGUUGAUGGUGUAGAUCCAACUGCAGCAUUGAUAGGGUUGAUGGUGUAGAUCCAACUGCAGCAUUAAGCUCUGGGAAUAAAUAAGGUGAAGCGGUGGUGAAUUUCAAAGGAACAAAGAGUGCAAGACUCCCUUAAUUGAAUCUUAGGUUUUUAGGGUGGCUUUCAGAGGGAAAGGCCCAAACAUGCUUUGCAAACCAAUGUGUGCAUUGUGUACUGUAGUGGAUCCAUGCUUUGACAGGAACAGUGUGACUUUUUUAAUGAGAUGAACUGCAUGACAUUUUUUUAAAAAGAGGUAUUUAGUUAUUUGUAUUGGGGAAAAAUACAUUUUUGCUGAGAGUCUGUAGCUGAUCAGACUCCUGCAUUCCCUUCUAGCCACUGAUGUUGCCUGGACAGGAAGCUGGCAGGUUGGAUUGGAUAUUGCCUAAAUAAAAAUGAGGUUCAAGCCUGGAGUGUUACCUGGCAGGGCCGCCUGGCCCCCACCUGCUGGGGACUCACAGUGCUCUUUGCUCACGGUUUAUUUAGGAAAAGGUUUCAGGGUUUGAGUCUCACGUGGGAGCACAGGUGCCAUGCUGCCUUUUGAAGAGGUUGGAUGCCUUGACUUUGUAGGGAAAAGAAGCCAAAAAAUGGGCUGUGAUAUCUUUCAUGCUGGCCAAGCUGCUCCAAGGGUAAUGCAGGUGGGAAGGGACUCACCUGUGGACAGGAGGUUCAGCUGGGUAGUCAGGAAUCCUCAGCAAAGCACAGCUCCUUCCUAAGGGUGAGCAAAAUUCCUCCACCUGUAAACACCAUCACAUACACCCAGCCUUGGCUCCUCUCUGGCUUCUGUUUGCCUUUUAAUGGCCAUGGAGUGCCUCAGUGCUUCCUUCCUGUCUUCCUGGUGUUUGGCUCAGGGGUUUGGUGGCCCCUCUGAUGUUGGAAUCAGCACAUGGGAGCAGGUGGGUACUUGGGGAAUGGCCAUGGGAUUACACUGGUGUGUUUAUGGCCUGGGAUGGCUGCACUGGGACUUCUCAUGUGCUUCCAUAUCCAGUGCUUAGUCACCAUCCAUCUUCACUGCAGAAAAUGAAUGGAAGGCAAAUUGUUAUUGGACACUUUUCCAGGGAAAAAGUUUUUAAUGAGUACCUGAAGGGCCACAAUCCUAUGGAUUGUGUGUGGUGUCAUGUAGCUGUGAGCAGGUUUUCCUUAUUGCAGAAGCUGGAUUGAAUCCUCAGGGCUGGAUAGCAUCUGAUUUUUAUAUGAGGGAGGGGGAAAAGUUGUCUGACUUUAAUCUGAAUUUACUAGGUACCUAAUAAGAAAGACCUCUGCCCUGAGUGACUUGCUCAGCCUGUGUUGUGUUGCAGGAGCUCCAUGGAGAUGAAGCCUGCUGGCUUUAUUUUGCUCUAAAAUCCAUUUGGCUCAAAAUUACUUCCAGAAUCUCAUCCUCCCUGGUACUUCAGACUUGUGACUGUGUCACCUGCUGAGUGUUAAGGGUUGUGGCAAAGCCUGGGUGCUUCGGUGGCUGAGAGGUGACACCGGCACAUGGAACUUGUCCUUCAGGUGACAGGCAGAGGCACAUUUCUGAGCGCUGUCUGCUUCUGCCUGUCUCAUCCCUUUAUAAUCUGCAAUUUACAUUUAAAAGCAGGGGGGUUUCAGUUGUUUUCUGUGCAGCUGUGGCCCGUGGGAGCAGUUGGCUGUCGUGGUGUUUGGCCCCGGAGCUGCCUUGGUGGCCGAUUGCGUAAGCGAGCGAAGGUAUUUGCAGCAGUCACUUGGAAACGGGGAUAAUUCGAGUCUCGAUCAAGCUCAGGCUCAAACAGGUUGUGGAAUUUAUUUAUACAACACCACUGGGGUGUGUGACACUGCGGAGCCAAACAAACAGAGGUUCCCAGCCCCAAGGCUUGUGCUGGGUAUUAGAUAACGAGGCAUGGGGUAAUUACAGCCAAGGACAUGGGUGGAGGUCUUCGAAGUGGGUGAGGGCUGCAUCCGUGUGGAGAACUUGAAAUGUGCCUCAUUAAUGGCAGUGUGAAGAAACCGUGGGUGCAGCUGCGGUUAUGGGAAGGCUGGAGGUCAGCUCUGCAGAAGGAAGCGUUGUCUGAGUUAUUGGAGAUGUGUGGAUUAAUAAGGGAAAGCGGAAGGAGGCAAAAUGAAAGCAGCCAGGCGUGCGGGGAGGGGCCGCGUUACGUGGAAGCUGACGUGCAACAGCAGUGGCACUCCAGGGGCUGGGGGAAUUUGGGUGUCACAGCAGCCACUGGGAAUCCACACCCCAACCCCAGAACAUGUGUGCUUGAUGGGAACAGAGGAACAGAAAUGCCGUUCUCGUGAGUGUGUAAGGAACCUACAGAACUGUAAUGUCUAACCCUACAUGGAAUGACAACUCUUGGAAGUUUUUAGGUGGCAGAGACACGGUGAAGCUGAGCGUGGGCCAGGCAGAGCUGAUGGGGGAGCCUGGGGUGUAGCCCAGGAUGGACUGGCUGUGACGACGACGUGCCUUAGCCGGAGAGGUCGUUACCAUGAAGAGUUCCUGCAGAGCUGGCCUCCACAGGGAACCGCUGAAUUCCACAUCCUCCACCUUCCAUCAAGUCAAACGGGUUUCUGGUAUGCACUUAAAGCCAUAUCUCAAGUUACAGAAGAAAGAGCGAUCCCCAGAAAUAAGCCAGGAUUCCCUGCGAGGCCACCAGGGACCAGCGCAAGGAGAAAAAUACACCAACUGCACCAAACUGAGCGUUUUCCCAAAGCCCUCCCUCGUGACUCCAUCUCAAAAGCUUCUGGGGAUUAUUUAUCCAAAUACUAUGUGCAAUAUGAACGGGAAAGGCCCGGCGGACGCUCCGAGUGCAAGGGAGAAGAAGAACGCCCUGUCCGCCACCAUCCACCAGGGAGAAGAAGGGGAAGGGCCGCUGGAUGUCUGGGCUGUGGUGAAACCUGGCAACACCAAGGAGAAAAUCGCCUUCUUUGCAGCCCAGCAGUGCAGCAGCGGCACCCGCACGGGCUCCAUGAAGAUCAAGAGCACGUGGGACAUCGACGGGCGAACGGCCAAGCGCAGGAAAAAAUCGGUGGAUCUUAAAAAAGCCAAAAUCCAACUGGAAAGAAUGAGGGAGGCCAACGCCAGGUGCUCCCAGCCGGAGCCUUUCGCCUGCGGCAUCGAGCACUGCUCGGUGCACUUCGGGAGCGACGGCGGCGAGGGCGCGUUCCCGGGCCGCUCGCUGUCGGUCAUCGAGAUGGUGGCCUUCCUGGAGCAGCGGGCCAGCGCCCUGCUGGUGGACUGUGCCAAGACCUGCACGGCCGCCUCCGCCACCAGGCUGAGCUCCCAGCCCAAGGCCGCCCCGCCGGGCCCCGAGCCCUUCUCCUCGGCCGGGGCGUGCGAGGCGCCCGCGGAGCCGCAGGGCGAGCCCGUGCGCGUGCUGGACAUGGUGGCCAAGCUGGAGUCCGAGUGCCUGCGGCGGCAGAGCGAGCGCGAGGCCGGGAGCCUCUCCCGCAACAACAGCUUCCGCAGGAACGUGGGCAGGGUGCUCCUGGCCAGCGGCACCCAGCCCGAGGGAGACGUGGGGAAGGGGGGCCCGGCUCAGGGGGACGGCCUGGGGGAGGCAGGGGUGGCAGAGGCCGGGUAUGGAGGUCGCUGCGGCCCUCUGGGUGACGCCGAGCUGUGGGAUGGCGGCGCCUCUGCCCAGCGGCCGUUUCCUUCGGGGCUGGAUACCCGGGUGGGGAAUGUGAAUUCGGGACUUGCCCACGCGGUGUUGGCCAUGACAGCUGGCAGGAAUGACGCUGACGCACGGAUUGAGCCCCCCGGGGCUCUGCUGUCCCCGUGUCCCCCUGCUGCCAGGCUGCCACCGAAUCCCUUGCAGAGCAAGAACGCGACUGUUGAUUGUAUGUCGAAAGAGCCUGUAAUUUUCCCAAAGCAUCCUGCUAGGAAGGAGCCCUUGUGCAUCAGUAUAUCAGUCACCAAGACAGAGGAAGGGUGCAGGAAGGAGAAGCUCUCCAGUUCUGGUGAGGAUUCACUUCCAGGGAGGCUGUUUUUCCUCCAGGGUGAGCAGCCUGCUGCUCACGAGCAACAGCCACGGCGGGAGGGUCCCCAGGAGAAGCCAGGGGAAGUAGCCCAAAACGAGGAUGAGGAGGCUCUGGCAUCUGGUAGAUCGUGUGUCAGAAGCGGUGUCCCUACAGAGCCAUCAGCCCCUUCUGUCCCUCCCACAGAAGGGGCUUUGCAAGUACUUGAUGCUUCCUGCCUCAAGCGGCAGGUUUCACAUGACUUUCUGGAGACCAGGUUUAAAAUCCAGCAGCUUUUGGAGCCUCAGCAGUACAUGGCCUUCUUGCCUCACCACAUCAUCGUGAAGAUCUUCGGGUUGCUUCCCACCAGGAGCCUGGUUGCCCUGAAAUGCACUUGCUACUACUUCAAGUUCAUCAUCGAGUACUACAACAUCCGGCCGGCGGACUCGCGCUGGGUGCGCGACCCUCGCUACCGGGAAGACCCUUGCAAGCAGUGCAAGAAGAAAUACGUGAAGGGGGACGUGUCCCUGUGCCGGUGGCACCCCAAGCCCUACUGCCAGGCCCUGCCCUACGGGCCUGGCUACUGGAUGUGCUGUCACCGCUCCCAGAAGGGCAUCCCUGGCUGUAAGCUGGGUCUCCACGACAAUCACUGGGUCCCUGCCUGCCACAGCUUUAACCGCGCCAUCCACAAGAAAACCCGAGGAGCGGGAGCAGAGGUGGAAGAGGAAUAUUAGUGCACAAACACUUUCCUGCAAGAUUGUUUGGGAGAGGAGGAGGAGGAGAUUCUCAUGCCUUGUGCUGUUUACAGUGUAUAUAAUUGUCGUGAUUUUUUUUUUUUUUUCCACAGGGCUAUGAAACUGCACAUACUCAAACACAAGAGCCUUUACCUUUUAGAUUAAAAAAAGAGCUUUUAGUCCAUCUCUGUAAAUAACACUAUAAAAACUAAUUGUACAUACAGAGUCUACAGCUGGCUGAACAAGGUAACCCCUACAAUGCAGCUAUCCCAGUGUUGCGGCUAUAGGUGUGUGUGUUUUUAAGUGUCUUGUUUCAAAAUCUGUAUAUCCUGUAUAAUAUAUGAAUGUUUCUGAGAAGAAACUCUAAAUAGGUAAAGGUCAACUUGUUUAAAGAAGCUGCAGACAACUUAACUGGACAACCUGAAACUUAGACUAUAGAACAGAUCCAUUAUAGUAGCGUGGCAGUGGAUUAAAAAAAGAAAGAGAGGAAUAUUAUUGUAUAGUCAGAAUAUAAAAAAAGUUCUUGUCUACCUUACCCAUGUUGUCUGGUUGGGUUUUUUUUUUUUUACAUAAAUAAAAUGUGCAUUCUAGAUCUGCCUUACCAGACUUUCUCUUGUAAGACUUUUGCCCCAAAAUAAAAAUGCUGUAAAACACGUGGCAGAAACUUGGUGCUGUGCUGUAGUUCAGACGUGCAAUGUGCUUUCUCUAGCAAACCUCUCCUCCUACUAACAAAGGAACAAAAACCCCCCAAAUCUCUAGUACUUGGAGAACUCCCUGCUGUAACAAUCACAGAUUCCAGCUUUUCCUUUCCUUCUUGCCCGCUUUGCAUACAGCAGAGGCUCCUUUAUUGGGAAUUCUGGUGCUAGGUGCACUUUCUGCUCCUCCUGCUCCUUGGCUCUUGUGUGGGCACCUGCCCUGUUCCCUGGAUGCUUGAGGAUGGAGUGUGGGUCCAGCAGGCUCAGUGUGAAGUUGCCCUGGCUCUGGGAUGUGCUGGAAGCUUUCCUCUCUGCUCUGCAUGGAAUUUUUCCCUCGCAGAAGCCUCCUUGCAGUGCUUUGCCUGCUCUGCUGCAGCCCUGGCCUCUCCCCGUGCCGUGGGUCGGUGCUUUGCUUUCCAGGGGAGCUGCAGAGGCUCGUGUCGGAUGAACGGCGAUUCCUCGCGCUCAGAGCGGAGCGUGGCAUCCAGGGCAGAGUUUCCCUGGAUCCUUUCCUGUCCUGCAGUGCUGUGAGCCAGACCUCAGCCUCCUGUUCCAGCCCUCGCAGGGUGGAAGGUUUGGAAGCCUGGGAAUGGACCCUGGCCAGUGCAGGAGCCGUGUUCAGGGAGCCCAGCGGAGCGUGGCAGCCGUGCCUUUGCCCUGGCCACGUCCCUCCUCUCCCCCUCUUGGUGCUGCUGCUGUUCCUCUGCCCCUUCUCAGGACUCCUGGCUCUCAGCAUUCCAAAUCUCUGACCUGGUGCAAGAAGAGCCGGUGCCACCUUCCCACGGGGCUCACCUCUGCCCUGCAACCCCCAAGGAGCUGCUGAAAAGGGCAGGAAUGGGGUGGCCCUGCACCUGCCUCAUCCUGUUCUCUGUCCUUUGGUGCUGGAUCAAGGUGUGGAAAAACUGCUGGCUGUGGGGGCCAGGCUGAGCCACCCACCUCCACCUGCCCUGGGCUCGCUGGGAGUCAUUCUGGUUUCAGAGCAUGAGGAGGACAAAAGGAUUUGAAGGCUUUUGUUCUUUCCUUUGACAGUGGGAAAUGCAAAAUCAAGCCCUGACAGCCUGAAAUGUGGGUUUGGUGAGCUCAGGCUUUUGAGGGAAGUUGAAAGGAUGUGCUGGUUUUAUAUUUUGCCUUCACCUGCUCCUGCCACCCACCGGGUGUCAUCCACCCCUCCCGGAGCUGCUCAGCCUCCCUGCACUGCAGACAUGAUGACAACCAGGAGGAAUGAAAUUAGGAAUCUAAAAGAAGGGUGUGGCCACCUUGUAACCGGCUGGGAAGAGGGAGAGGAAAAGCAGGAUCCCUCCUUAACCCCUGACUUCAUCUCCUAACGGGGCUCAGGCUUCACCCAAACUUCCAUCUGCUCCCUCAGCUGCACCUGGACCAGCAGCACAGCAACCUCCAGGCUGUUGUUUUGCCAAAGCCAUCGGCAUCAAAAAGCCUUCAGCUUAAUUCUGAUGAGGGGAAAAGGGAAAGAAGCUGCUUUCCUGCUCCUCCACCCAAGACUCUGGAAAACUUGAGGCUGACAGCAGCGAGGAAAGUCCCUGCGAGGCUGGAGUGGAGUGGCAGAGGAAAAUAUUUUGUAAUUAGAUAAGGGGCCCGUGAGGUCAUUUUGUUUGGAACAGGGUGUGAGAUUUUGGUCACCUUUGUUGAGCAAGGGGAAAAAUGAGGAUGAAAUAAUAUCAUGAGGCUAUUUUGUUCUUGGAGCAGGUAAAGCCAGAGGACAACUUGCUGUCUCCCCUACCCCAUCCCUGCCCUCCCCCCAGGCUGGCUGGGGAGCGUGGGCUGGUUUAUGCAUCAUUUAUUACAUUGUCUGCUGGAACUGUCCCUCCUGCACAGCAUUGCUGUUAAAAAUUGUUUCACAGAGCAAACUUUGCAUCCAGAAGCGGGUUGGUUCUGAGUGUUGCCAUGCUGAGCUGCCUGCAGGCUUUUUUUUUUUUUUCCUGUAACAUUGUAAAAUGCAGAUUUCUGUUUCCUUAAGGAAUUCAGGGAGAAGCCAAGGUCUGAUGAAUGUUAGGGUUUGUUGUUUUUUUUUUUUUUUCCUAAAAAGCAAUUAAAAAAAAAAUAAAAAUCCAGUGUUGGAUUUACAAA